GCAAGAAGAAGAGAAGAGGAUCCCCACAAAUAGGGAGGAACUGAUCAGUAGAAAGGGAAGGGUCCAGGUAAUCUUGGACAGUCUUGGCAUCUAGAGCUGGCUAGAUUUGAAGGGGUGUGGAAGCUCUUUGCUCCCCUCUUUCCAUUCUCAACCUGACCUUUAUGUCCCUCUCUCCCAUUGGGAACUGCCACCAGGAGAUGGAGUUUCUGGAUAUCACUAACAUCCGAGACACCCGCUUUGGCAAGUUUGCCAAGAUGCCCAAGAGCCAGAAACUCCGUGAGGUCUUCAACAUGGAUUUUCCAGAUGACCACUUUCUGCUGAAGGCACUCACGGUUGUGUCCGGCCCUGACAUGGUGGACCUUACCUUCCACAACUUUGUCUCUUACAAGGAAAACGUGGGCAAGGAUUGGGCUGAGGAUGUACUGGCCCUGGCCAAGCACCCGAUGACAGUCAAUGCUUCCCGCAGCACUUUCCUAGACAAGAUCCUGGUGAAGCUCAAGAUGCAGCGUAAUCCUGAAGGGAAGAUU